AUGCUGUCCGGAAUGACAAGUGCCCUUGCACAGCGAAGUCGUGGUGUUCGUGCCCAUCCACCUCUAGGAGAUGAUACUAACUGUACCUCCAAUAGUNACCAAGAGAACGCUCCCGGAGUCAUCAAGCUCAUGGCCGCUCUCAUCUUCCCCUUUGGUCUAGUUGCCAUCAUCUUGACUGGUGCAGAUCUGGCCACAGGCAGCUUUAUGUUCACAACAAUGUCCACUCUCCACCGCCGCACAAGCAUCCUUCAGAUGCUUCAGCAUUGGGUCCUGACAUUCUUCGGUAACCUCGCCGGCUCCCUGUUCGUCAUGGCCCUGAUUAUUGGCUAUGGAGGCAUAUUAUCGGAUUCAGCCUCCGCCUCCCAAACCAUCAAGUUCGCCACANAAAAAGUCGUCGCCCCCGAAUGGCACCAAAUCUUCCUCCGCGGUAUCGGAGCAAACUGGCUAGUGUGCUUAGCAUGCUUCCUCGCCUGCGGCGCCCGCGAAAUGGUUUCCAAAAUAAUGGCAAUCUGGUGGCCUACGUUUGCGUUUGUGAUUUUGGGCUUUGAUCACGUUAUUGCAAACAUGUUUUAUAUUCCUAUUGCUAUCUUUUUGGGGGCACCGCAGAUUACUGUUGGUUUGUAUAUCUGGAAGAGUAUGAUUCCUGCUCUGCUUGGUAACAUUGUUGGUGGAGGACUGUUUGUUGGUGUGGUUUAUUGGUACAUGUAUCUGGCUGGGAACCCAGAGCCGGUCUUGAUUGACGGAAGCAGCUAUGGAGGUCCUCCAAUGUCGCUGUUUGGAGUCAAUGCCGAUGUCGAGGAGCCGCCUGCUCAGAUCAGACGCGAGUCGGACAAAACAAGCAUGGUUUGA